UCUCGCAUCACACGACACUCUCGCCGAGCAAGAGCAGAGCAAGCAAGGGCGUCGUCUCCAAUGGCGCGGCCGCAGCAACGGUAUCGCGGCGUGCGGCAGCGCCACUGGGGCUCCUGGGUCUCCGAGAUCCGCCACCCCCUCCUGAAGACUAGGAUCUGGCUGGGCACCUUCGAGACGGCCGAGGACGCGGCGCGCGCCUACGACGAGGCGGCGCGCAUCAUGUGCGGCCCGCGCGUGCGCACCAACUUCCCCCACGACGCCUCCGCCGGCGCCGGAGCUGACGGGCCGUCCUCGUCGUUCCUCUCCCCCGCACUCGUCGCAAAGCUUCACCGCUUCAACCUCGCGUCCGUGCAGGCCGCGCAGGCGCGCGGCAAGGUCGACGCCUCGACCACGGCCGCCUCGGCGCCUGUCGUGACGCCGCGCGCGACGAUGCCUGCCGGCAAUGCCGGCACGGGCAGCGCGUCGUCGCCGGCCGCGGAGUGGAGCGGGGGAUUUCUCGAGGAGCAGUACGUGGAUCAGAUGAUCGAGGAGCUGCUAGAUUCCAACUUCUCCAUGGAGAUCUCCUACUAGUUGCACUGUAAAAGCGUCCCCUUCUGUUCUCAGUUCUCUGCCUCUGCUCUGUUUCAUCUGUCUGUUUCUUCAGCUAGUGAGCUAGUAGUAUUAGCCAUGCCAGGAAGAACUCGAGGUUACUUUGGUCAGACGAGUUUUCGAGCAGACUGUGUAUACGGUAGCAUCGUCAGAGGAUAACAAAGUUGGAUUGGACCCUCUUUUUCUACUAUUA